CAUCGACGCCACUCUGUAGAAAUGAUGCGUCCUGAACGCAAGUUCGCUAUUAUUUAUAAUAUAUAAAGUAAUUCCCUGACAUAAUGAGGUUACUAUGGCUUUUUGCGUUGUUUAUAUUCGUACCCACAAAGGGACUAUCUCCAGUAGAUAAGCUACGAAACAAAAUUUUUACAAUAGAAAGGCAACAAUGGAUUCACUUAAAUGACCAGCAGUGGCGUACGUCAGGCUCCGCUGACAUUGACCUGGCCAAGGUGUUUGUAUUAUUUGACGGUGAAAUUCAUAGAUGGCCGCUAGCGGCCCCACCAGUGCUCAGCAGUUCGUGGUGGAAAAAGCCGCAGAAGCAAGUGCGGCACAUCCAAGAGAUGUACGCAACGUUCUUGGAGUUCAUGAGACGGCAGACCGAGCCGGGCGUGAAGCCAGCCCGCGUCAGGGAGUGGUUGAGUUUGGCGGCGAGUGUGCUCAGUGAUCCUAAGACUGCCGUGUCUCGAGCUAUGUCUCAGCUCCAUCAGUCAGUAUUAAGAGAUCAGAUGUUUCAAAACGUUUUGCAGGAACAACGUAAAUACUAUAAUCGAUCGGAGCUGUGCGAGCUACAAGUGUCUCCACACCAGCUCAUCUACGACUUGUACAACACCAUAGCCCUGGCGGAGAUCAAGGGCUACGUCAUGAUGCAGUUCUCUUGGAUGCUACUGAAGAUAUAUCGACCAGGCAACAUAACAGAAGAGGUAAAUCAGACGAGAGUGCAAUAUGAAGGGGACGCUAUACAGAUAGCAGAGAAGACUGGAAAUGCUUUGGCUAAUGCGACAAGGGAACUGUACCGCUGCGACCCACUACAACAUAUAGAAGGGCAAACUUACGAUCAAAUAACCCGUCUAAUGCAAGGUUAUAUAGAAAACGAAGUGAACAUGAACAAUGAAAACACAUGUAGGCAAAACUGCGAGUAUUACAAUGUGGCCAAGUACUACAAUUGUUUUAAGGACCAAUUUUGCUCGAGACAACCUAAGUGUAAAGGCCAUAUACUUGGUUGUUACUUCGUCAAGUCCGAUAUGACUGUGUGUACUUCGAGCUAUAAAAGCCAUCGUCGUUAUGAAUGGAUUCGAUAUAGUAACGGACCCAAGUUUGGAGAAGCAAACAAUUGUACUCUUCAAAAAGGAAAUACGUACCAAGUGAACUCGUGGUGGCGCGGGUGGUUCUUGCACUGUUCAUACUGCAUGUGCUUAUGCGACGACCCAGAAAACUCCGACCGCUACUUCAGUCUCAAGGAAGCCACCUCCAAUAUUCGAGAAAACAAGGUGGUAACUGGAAUUCGUCUGGUGAAACAGAAUAAUGUAUUCCAUAUUCAAAUCAGCGAAGGUACACUUCUUAAAAAUGGUAUCGUCAGUCCCGGCUCUUGGCUCCCCAACAAAAUAAUCAAAAUAAAUGAUCAAAACAUGAAAAACGGCAUAGAUUACCACACUCUGAAUCAUGGGACAAGAGCUAUCGACUUAGAUGAUCUGGUGGCGCCAGCUGGAUGGGUUUUAACUGGAGUGAGAUUUCGAAUACUGGGCGCACAUUUGAACCUAAAUAUCCGGGCAACAAAAUUAAAUUUUGAAACAGGCCACCUGUCAGAAGACAGCAUGUGGAUCGACAACGACAACACAGAUGGAAGCAAAACUCCUAGGAGUCGUUUAACACUGAAUCGGCCGAACCUACCGACACGGAGCCUUGCUGCACUGCCCGUGGAUUCUAAACACGAUCAAUUUUUAGAGUUCACACACAGCGACUUUGACAAAGACGCUGCGCAGAGCACCGUGCCGUUCAUUGACGUGCAACCACUGGAACCGUAUGGACGCGGAGUGCUGCUGAGCGGCGCGGGCGUGUCGCACCGCGGCGCGGUGGGCUCGGGCGGGUUCGUGGCGCUCAAGCUAUUCACCUAUGACUACGCGCCGCACGUGCGCGUCCGUCAUCCGCGCGAUCCCUCCUCACCACAACCAUAAUGCUCGCAUCUCUUUAUCAGAUUUAUCAAUGUAACAUAGCGUACUAUUUUUCUUAAGUAUAUUAAAUAAUAAAUUAUUACAGA